AUGGUAGUAAACAUUCAGAAAAACUUAAAUCAAAUCGCAUCAUUAUUGAAAAUCAAACUAGAUGAUGCUAAAAUUAAUAAAAUACCAAAUUCUGGUGUAACCAAUAAAGUAUUUCAACUAGUAAGUGCCCCAAAUUCAUCUUUAGGUCCAAAAAAUCAAAUGGAAAUUCUUGAGGUACAACAAUGGAUUGAAUACAUUAAUGUUUAUGUUGUACAUGUGGAUAGUCCCCAAAACGCCAGGAUUGUUUUGAAAGAACUCAAUGAAAUAUUAGCAGAAAAAACAUAUUUAGUAGGAUUCAGACUCACCAUAGCAGAUAUUCUUCUCUUUUAUACAUUAAAGAAAGUGAUGAGAUCACUCUCAGGCCUCGAUAAGGAAAAUUAUUUAAAUUUGUGCAGAUGGUUUGAUAAUCUUCAGCAUGAUGCUCUAAUAAGACCAAAUAAUGAAGUAAUAGAUUUUAGUUCAAAUUAUCUGGCUGCACUGGUACCUGCCAGGCAUUAG